UAUAGGUUCAAAAUUGUUUAUAAGCACCGGAAAACACACUAUGUUAUUGUGUAUGUAACAAAUUAAUGUAACAAGAUUUAAAAAUCAACAAAAGUAAACUUUUGUGCAAUGCAACAAUUUAUCUAACACAAUCUAAAAAUUGAGACAUGAAGGCAAAGAUAAUUUGUGAUUUGUAGAAUUGUUGUAUGGAGUAGUAGUCCAAUUGGCUCUCCAAAUCCUUUGAUUGUUCUCCUUCGGUUUGACCAUCCCCUCUCUCCGUCUGUCUACUCUUAUCCAUGGCGAUGAUGACGACGACGGCGACGGCGACUCAACAUUUGCUUCAAUCUCACCUCCUCAAAUGGAACGCCUUUCCACUCCGACCUUUAAGCCCUUCAAUUCGACUCCCUUCCCUUAUUUCUCCGACUCAUACCACACUCCUCCCGAUCUUCUCCCUCCCUAAACAACCCCCGCCAUUCAACCUCAAUUGCCGCCUCUGCACCGCCGGUGAAGAUGCCGGCGACGACCAUCCCGCCUCUGCUAAGUCUGUAUUCAGAACGGGUCUCCCGGAUCUUCAGGCGAAUGUAAGCGAUCAACGCUGCCACCCGCUUGAAAGGACUCUCCUCAAUGCCGUCAAGGCUCUGCUUAGGCCGGCGCUUGUCGCUCUUCUCGUCGGGUUGCUCUUUAUGUGCGAUCCGGGCUCAGCAAUGGCCGCGCACUCCGGCGGCAGGGUAGGUGGACGCGCAUUUUCUUCUCGAGACUCCUCCUCCUCCCCUUCUACCUCUUAUUACUCCUUGCGGAGGACUGUGGAGUCUAGGAUUUCUUAUUCGGUGCCCUAUUUCGAACCCUCCCCGUUUGGAUUUGGGGGAGGCGGGAUUUACUUGGGACCCGCUGUUGGAGUUGGUUCCAGUUUCUUCUUCAUAAUGGCGAGCGUCGCUGCUUUCGUUUUGGUCUCAGGCUUCCUCUCUGACAGGUCUGAGGGCGGCAGUGUGCUCACUGCUGCCGCUGCCCAGAAAACCUCUGUUAUUAAGCUUCAGGUUGGUUUAUUGGGCUUAGGUAGAUCACUCCAGAGUGAUUUGAACCGGAUGGCAGAAGUAGCUGAUACAUCCACACCCGAGGGCUUAAGCUAUGUAUUGACAGAAACAACUUUAGCCUUGCUUCGCCAUCCGGAUUAUUGCAUCUCAGCUUAUUCAUCUGUUGAUGUGAAGAAGAGCAUGGAGGAAGGUGAGAAACGAUUCAAUCAUCUCUCAAUUGAGGAGCGUGGUAAAUUUGAUGAAGAAACACUUGUCAAUGUAAAUAGCAUUAAAAGGCAAACUUCAAUGAGCCUGAGAGCAAAUGCAUUUAGCAAUGAAUAUAUUGUGGUGACCAUCUUGGUGGCUGCCGAAGGAUCGUAUAAACUACCUACCAUUAACGGGAGUGGAGAUUUGAAAGAAGCUCUGCAGAAACUUGCAUCGAUUCCAUCAAGCCGAAUACUGGCGGUAGAGGUUUUGUGGACCCCACAAAAUGAAAACGACACAUUAUCCGAGCGAGAACUCUUGGAAGAUUACCCUCUGCUGCGGCCUCUGUGAGACACCUGUAAAUCUCAACCCUUCCUUCUCUUUCUCUUUCUUUUUCUUUUCCCCUCCAGUUUGCUCACAAUAUAUAUAGUUGCUUGAAGAUAGAGAUACAACUUUUAGUGUAGAGAAUUACGAGGAUGCUGGGGAUGGAUGUAUUUGUUAAAUUGGGUACCGUCGUAGCUCCCCACACUUUUGGAUUAGAUAGAUUGUAUUAAGCGUGUAAUAUAUGCAGAAUUACUUG